AUGGGUGUUUUUGACCUCGACGAACAACGUCUUGCAAUCGGCUACGCCGUGGAAUACAUCAAGCAUGCUAUAUUCGAACAUUUCACUCGAUUCGAACCAAGAACGUUGAUCAUAUGUGGUUCUGGAUUAGGGGGAAUCGUCGACAAAGUAUCGUUGAAACCAGAGCCAUUGGCAAUCCCAUACGGUAACAUUCCAGGUUUCAAGUCCAGCACCGUUGCUGGACAUCAAGGGAAAUUGGUUUUUGGAUAUAUGCAAGGAAGUCCAGUGGUAUUGAUGUGUGGAAGAUUGCACUACUACGAAGGCCACGAACUCCACGAGACCGUUUUCCCCAUCAGAGUGAUGAACGAAUGGGGGUUUAUCAAAAACCUGAUUGUUACCAAUGCAUGCGGAGCUAUCAACCCUGACUAUGAGGUCGGAGAUCUCAUGUGUUUGAACGACCAUAUCAAUUUUCCUGGUUUGGCAGGCCAACACCCAUUGAGAGGACCUAACUUUGACGAAUACGGUCCAAGAUUCCAAGCUCUCAGCGAUGGAUACGAUUUGAAGCUUCGCAAAUUGCUGUACAAUAAAAGAGCUGAGUUAGGUUUGGAAAGACCUCUUCACGAAGGUGUCUAUUCGUUCGUGUCAGGACCUACUUUUGAGACCAGAGCCGAGGCCAGAAUGAUACGUGGAUUCGGAGGAGAUGUUGUUGGUAUGAGUACGGUACCUGAAGUGAUCGUGGCAAGACAUUGUGGACUAAGGGUCUUGGCCUUGAGUCUUAUCACGAACCGGGUUGUUGUUGAUCCACCAGCCAGCGCCUUAGACGAAAAUCCGGUACCGAUUGAUCAAGGUAAAGCCACCCACGAGGAGGUCUUAGAAACAGGGUUCUUAGCCUCUGUGGAUGUUGAACGUCUAGUGGAGGCAGUCGUUGCCGAGCUUUGA